AUGAUAUGAACUUAAAUAGGUCAAUUUUUGUACUUGUAAACUCCCAAAUCAUGCCUUUUGGGAAAAACUAUUUUUUUCGCAGAGUUGAUUUGCUUUACUACUACUGACCUCCAUUGUUGGUUCUGCAAAUCUUCUGAUAAACUUAAUUGAAUUGGAAGAAGAAUGAAGAUAGUGACGUACAACGUGAACGGCUUAAGGCCACGCAUACAGCAACACGGUUCACUUCUCAAAUUGUUGGAUUCGCUUGAUGCUGAUAUUAUCUGUUUACAGGAGACUAAAUUGUCGAAGAAUGAUAUUCGAGCCGAUUUGGUUCGUGCUGAGGGUUAUGAGUCUUUCUUCUCUUGUUGCACUCGUACUUCUGAUCGUGGACGCUCUUCUGGAUAUUCCGGUGUUGCUACCUUUUGUCGUGUAAAAUCUGCAUUCAUGAGCAAUGAAGUAGCUCUGCCAAUUUCUGCAGAAGAAGGCUUCACUGGUCUCCUCGCAACAUCUAAAGGAUAUGAACCUAAGGAGGAGUGCGCUUCAAUAGCAGAAGGUCUCGAGUGUUUUUCUAGAGAGGAGCUUCUUAAAGUUGAUAGUGAGGGACGUUGUCUGAUCACUGAUCAUGGUCAUUUUGUUCUAUUCAAUUUAUAUGGGCCCAGAGCUGUUCAAGAUGACUCUGAAAGAAUCCAAUUUAAGCUCACAUUUUUUAAGAUGUUAGAGAGAAGAUGGGAGUGCCUGAUGCAUCAAGGAAGGAGGAUUGUUAUUGUAGGUGACCUCAAUAUUGCUCCUGCUGCCAUAGAUCGGUGCGACGCAGAACCUGAUUUUGAGAAGAACGUGUUCAGACAAUGGUUUAGAUCAUUGCUAGUGCAAAACGGAGGGCGUCUCCUUGAUAUUUUUAGAGCAAAGCAUCCUGAUAGGAAAGGAGCCUAUACUUGCUGGUCACAGAGUACAGGAGCCGAGGAAUUUAAUUAUGGUUCUAGGAUUGAUCACAUACUUAGUGCCAGAUCAUGCUUGCAUGGUGAGGAAAUUCAGGAAGGGCAUGACUUUGUUACUUGCAAUGUUGCAGAGUGUGACAUAUUGAUGAAAUUUCAAAGGUGGAAACCUGGAAAUACGCCAAGGUGGAAAGGAGGGAGGAGCAUCAAAUUAGAAGGUUCUGAUCAUGUUCCAGUUUACAUGAGUUUAGUAGGAAUUCGUGAAGUAUUGCAGCAUAGCACCCCGCCAUUAUCUACCAGAUAUCAUCCCCAGGUCUUUGGGAGUCAAACUCUUGUGUCAAUGUUCACGAGAAGGCAAACAACUGAGCAAGUUAUUUCAGAGGAAAGUGAAAUCCCUCACAUUCCAAGUCAGGAAGACUUUCUUUCAACUCCAGAGACUUAUGAUAGUAGAGCUGCGCAGAUUUCGGUGCUUGGCUCUCAAAGCAACUCUAAUAUUCUUCCCUGCAUUGCGACCAAGAAGAAAGCGAGGCUUGGUCAGGGGUCUCAGCUCACACUUAACUCAUUCUUCCAGAAACGCACACAUAGAAGUGAGACUUCUAGCAGCAGCUUUGCUGAUUCUAAACUUUGUCAGACAGACAUCUCUUACUCUCAGAUUGAGCCUGAUGGAGUGCCUUCUUCUGCUGAUGAAAGUGGCGCUUCAAAGGACUGCAGAUCAAGUGCAAUUGACAGUAAUCAACAUAAGUGCCAGCUAGAUGCAUGCGACUCAGAUAAAGAGAAGAGGAAAGUGGCAUUACAGGAGUGGCAAAGGAUUCAGCAAUUGAUGCAGAAUAGUGUACCUCUUUGUAAGGGCCAUCAAGAACCUUGUGUUCCUCGGGUCGUUAAAAAAGCAGGGCCCAAUUUGGGCCGCAGAUUUUAUGCUUGUGCUCGAGCUGAGGUAUGCUCCAGUGUUAGUGGAUUGAGAUAUUUAGAAAUACCAAUUUAAGUUCUCUUUUUUUA